AGAAAACAAUAUCACACUGUAAUACAGUAAGUAGGACGGAGAUAUCAGACGCAGCAAGAUACAUACAUGUUCAAACGCAAUUGUUGUGUGAUGCAGUAUAUAUGCCGGAGUGGAGAAAGCGAAAGCAAAGCAGUUGAUUAGGCUGCAAGGAUUUUCCAGCCUGAACGUUUGUCUAUUUUUGGGAAUGUAUUAUUUUUUUUAUUGACAAUGUUAUGUCUCUUUCUUUGAAUACUUGGUUGGCAGUGACGACAACUUUCCCUUUUUAACUAGCCUUCUUAAUCUAACGUUCGUUGGUUUGGGAAAGAAGACAAACUGCGAAUAGGGGAAAAUACAUCAUUUUAGAAUGGAAAACGACUAAACCUUGGAUUGGGACAGUACAUCAUCGCGACAGCUCGCAAUGUUAAAUGCGGAAAUGCGCUAUUUUCUUUGGUUUGUGGAUAUUUCAGCUCGAUCGAGGAGAAUAAAAAGCCUUUGGGUGUCUGUGAUUGGACCGGACACGGACUGGGGCUGACUGAUGUUUUUCCAGGAGGAAAUGUUUUUUGGGGAGAGAUGAAUACGAGUUUGCUGCUGCUCGCAGCAGGAGAGAUGCCAGUCACUCCAUGCGCCACACUCCAGUGAGGCUUGACAACGUGCCGGCAAAAACGGAAAAGAUUCAUGGAUAAUUCUAUGUUUCAUUUUUCUAAAAUAUUUAUGUAAAAUUGUUGUUUGAUUGUACUCUUAUUUUAUGGGUUAGAACAGAUGUCCACACCUCCACAACUUUAUCUGUCUGCUGCGUUUUCAAACCUUUCCAAGUGGAGAUGGACAUUGUGCGUUUGUGUACGGUAUUGGACUGGAGUAGCCUAUACAGUAGGCAGAACAUUAGUGCUGUCAAGCUCUGGCCUCCUGGCAAUUAUUCACGCUGACUGGUAUUGUAGAAUGCAUGCUAUUUUAUUGUGAAAUAAUAUAGUCUGUCGUUUUUUUUUAAUAGAAUGUGAGAUUGAACUGUCAGAAAACACAUCUCAUAUAUAUUUGAAUAUGUCUCCAAAAUACAUUUCCUGAAGUUUUUGAAAAAUACUUAAAUUUGCCAUUCAGCUUCAAAAAGGAGAUGAUAAUAUAAACAACACAACAACAAAAUGUCUUGGACCAUGGCAAAAAAGUGGAUAGGGUGCUAUAUAUUUUUACUGGCACUCUUGGCAGUGGGAAUGGCCUUUUCGGGUGUAUUCAACGCGUCCGAAAAAUACAUUUUUACGGAUGAUUUGGUGCCGCUCAAACUCACCCAGGCUAAAGCAUCAGAGCAUCGAAAACUUCAAUCUACCGAUUCUCAUCCCAACCUGUAUUUCAACCAAGUUGAUGUACAGCUUAUGAGGCAAAGAUCAUCCAGCACACACAGCCACAUUUUCAAAGUAAUCAGAGCAGCGGUCCUGACCAUGCUGUCCAAUGUGCCCCUUUACAUGCCCCCUGCAAAACAUGAGGAGUUUACUAGCAAGUGGAAUGAGAUUUACGGGAACAACCUACCCCCCCUUGCUCUGUAUUGCCUGCUGUGCCCAGAGGAUUCCGGUGCCCUGCAGUUUCUCAUGAAGUUUAUGGAUAGAAUGGCAAAUUACCCGGACUGGAAGGUGACCAGUGCUCCCAAUGAUGAGGUGCCCUUGGCACACUCACUUACUGGGUUUGCCACCGCAUAUGACAUUAUUUACUCGUUCCUGGACGAGCACCGACGGGAUGUUUACCUCAAGAGAAUUCGCUCUGAGACAGAGGAGCUGUAUGAAACAUCUAAGUAUAGGGGUUGGGGGAAGCAGUAUCUCCAAAAUCAUCAAACCACUAAUAUAUUAGCCAUCUUGACUGGGGCUAUUGUGGUCGGCGCCCAUGAGGACCCAGAAACGAUGGUUUGGAAACAGGUGUCAGUCAAUUAUAUGGAGAAGACCAUGUUUCUCCUAAACCACGUUGUAGACGGGUCACUAGAUGAGGGCGUGGCAUACGGGAGCUAUACAGCCAAGUCGAUCACUCAGUAUGUUUUCUUAGCGCAACGUCAUUUCAACAUUGACAACACACAGAACAACUGGCUGCGGGAACACUUCUGGUUCUACUAUGCCACUCUUCUGCCCGGCUUUCAGAGGACUGUGGGCAUAGCCGACUCCAACUACAACUGGUUCUACGGCCCAGAGAGCCAGCUGGUGUUCCUAGACACAUUUGUUAUAAGAAACGGCACUGGGAACUGGCUAGCCCAGCAGAUUAGAAAGCACAGGCCCAAAGACGGUCCCAUGGGUCAGUCCUCUGCCCAGCGCUGGACUACCCUACACACUGAGUACAUCUGGUACAAUGCCCAUCUCACUGCACAACCUCCCCAUGGCUUUGGCAAAGCCAGGAUGCAUAUUUUCUCCAACUGGGGUGUGGUGACGUACGGAGCCGGGCUGCCCAACGGUCAGGGAAACACAUUUGUCUCCUUUAAAUCCGGGAAGCUGGGUGGCCGUGCCGUGUAUGACAUCGUUCAUGCAAAGCCCUAUUCAUGGCUGGACGGCUGGAAUAGCUUCAACCCAGGCCACGAGCACCCGGACCAAAACUCCUUCACUUUUGCCCCUAACGGACAGGUGUUUGUGUCUGAAGCACUUUACGGGCCUAAGUACAGUUAUCUGAACAAUGUGCUGGUGUUCGGACCCUCUCCCAGCAGCCAGUGUAACGCUCCAUGGGAGGGCCAGCUGGGGGAGUGUGCUAAAUGGCUGCGCUGGACAGAUGAAGGGGUAGGGGAUGCUGCUGGGGAGCUGAUCGCUGCCUCCUCCCAUAGAGACACUAUGUUUGUAAGCGGGGAGGCAGCCCCAGCUUACUCUCCUGCCAUGCGGCUGAGGAGUGUCUACAGGGCCCUUGUGCUGCUCAACUCCCAGACCUUGCUAGUACUGGACCAUGUUGAGAAGCUGGACGAUUCGCCCAUCACCUCGCAGAGUGCGUUCUUCCACAACCUCGACAUUGACUUCAAAUAUGUCCCCUAUAAAUUCAUGGACAAGUACAAUGGGGCGUUGAUGGAUGUGUGGGAUGCUCAUUAUAAAAUGUUCUGGUUUGACAGCCAGGGUCUCAGCCCAGAUACUAGGAUACAGGAGGCCGAGCAGGCUGCGGAGUUCAAAAAGAGAUGGACACAGUAUGUUAACGUCACUUUCCCCAUGAGGGGCACAGUAAGCCGAGUGGCCUAUGUGAUGCAUGGACCUUAUGUCAAAGUGUCCAACUGUCGAUUUCUGGACAGUAGCAAAAAUGGUGUCAGACUAUCUCUAGUUAUAAACAACACAGAGAAAAUAGUUUCAGUUGUUACAAACUAUAAAGACAUAGGAACAAGAUUAAGUUAUUUAGGAUUUGGGGGUUAUGCCAAAAUGGAAGACAGACAUCAGAUCAUUCGAUAUGGCCUGGGGACUCAACUGGUUCCGAAACAAAACACAGUGGACAAUCAGCUGUUUGAUUUUGGAUUCACAGUCAAUGUGAUAGCGGGGGUGAUACUUUGUGUUGCCAUUGUUUUUUUGACCCUGCAGAGAAAGUUCUAUGUGUGCUUCAGUAGACUGAUGCGCUAUGCUCUGUUCUCGGUGCUCAUACUGUGGAUAGCUGCGCUGUUGUUCGUGUCAAACACCUGCGAUCAACUCCUAUGUGGGGUCAAAUGGAAAGGUGUCAGCACUGACCCAGAGGUCAGCAAACAAACCAGACUUUAUGAUCAACAUCGCUUUGCCCUGCCAACCGUUGUCAUAACGACCCUGCCUGGCUCAGGAUCUGAAAUACUUAAGAACCUUUUUGACAACAGCUCCGACUUUGUUUACAUUCGGGUCCCCACGGAGCAUGUAGACAUUCCAGAGACCGAGUUCGAAUUUGACUCGCUGGUUGAUGCCUGUGAGUGGUCCAGAACGGACGCCCUGCGCGGACGCUUUAAAAUCAUCCAGGGCUGGCUGCAUUCUCUGGUCCACAACACCAAGCUGCAUUUGCAGAACAUCCAGCUAGUGGAGAGUAGCAGGGCCAAGCUGCCCCAGAGAGCCCCAGGCCUCGGCAGUGACAGGAGGAAGAGGACCAGGAGGAAGGAGCCUGCCGCCGAGCUGAGGGGCAAGAUGAGGGGUGGCCUUGAUCGGGAUGCUGAGUAUGUCAGGGAGAUGAGGCGCCACAUCAGUGAGUACCCCAAUGCCCGCGUGGUCCUCAACAUGAGGAGUGGAAGCUGGGGGCUCAAACUCCCCUUCCUUCAGGAGGUGGUGGGCCCGUCCCUGAGGACCAUCAAUGUAGUCAGAGACCCCCGGGCGUGGAUCUAUCUCAUGCUCUAUAACAGUAAACCCAGCUUUUACUCCCUUAAAAACAUUCCUCAACACCUGUCCCUGAUAUUCAAGGAGGACGGUAACAGUAGCAGUACCAGGGACAGGUGCCCAGUCUCAGCCCCUGAGUUCAGAAUGAUCCGGAGGCUCUUGUCCCACUCGGAGGCCAGCGCCGUCCUCCUGCUGGCUCACCUGUGGCUGGCACACACUGCUGCAGUGCUCCGGGUCAGUGGGAGCCUCCAGGCAGAGGCCUACCUCCAGGUGAGGUUUGAGGACAUAGUCACUUUCCCCCAGGAGACAGCUGAAAGGAUCCACAGGUUCCUGGGGGUGCCGGUCACACCGGCGGCCCUCAACCAGCUCAUGUUCACCACCUCCACAAACUUGUACAACCUGAUGUACGAGGGGGACAUAUCACCAGCCAACAUUAACAUAUGGAGGCAGAACAUGCCUCGCAAGGACAUCAGACUGAUCGAGGACACAUGUGGGGUGGUCAUGAAAAGACUUGGGUACUCAAGGUUUAUCAGCUAGUUAAUGUUACUGCUGCAGGUCAGCUGAUAUCAAGUUGUCUUGUUUGUAACUGUCAAUCUUUUACUUUAAUCAUCUCUAAUGUUGUAUUUUGCACUGACCGGUAACGGAAGUGAUAUCAUCACUGAGUCACUGAUGGGAAGUAGUAACACGGGACAAAAACAAUUAUUUAAGCCCAAUUAUUUCACUGUGUUCUGGGUUUUACUCUGUUACAUUAUACUUGGGCGGUUCUACUCACACAUGAUACCUUGUGUUUGCAAGUGAGGGAUGUUUUACAUUAAAAAUGAGUUGAAGGGGAACUUUAAAAGUGAAAGUAUUUGAUUGUGUUUUCUCCCUAUUAUCCCUGGACAAUUACUUUAAACACUCUUUGUUGGAGUGAGAUUUCCACCCUUUGAUGUCUUACAGUUGUCUCUUAAAAAGUCUCCCAAAAAACGGCAAUGUCUAAACAGAUUAUUUUUGUAAAGCUGUUUGGAGCUUAGAAAUACAAUAUGUUCCUAGUGCUUAAUUGUUUUUUUAAUAUAU